AUUAUUGAAAGAGUUUCAAGACAUUCUUCCGGACGAUCUUCCGAACGAGCUGCCGCCAUACCGAACGCAUCAACACGAGAUCGUAGAGGAACCGGGUUUGAAGCCGACCUUCCGAGCACCAUAUCGGCUCAGCCCUACGGAGCUGACCGACAUGAAAAAACAGAUCGAGUAUCUCCUAGCCAAAGGACUCAUCCGACCAUCCACUUCACCAUACGGUGCCCCAGUGGUUUUCACACCGAAACCGGACGGAAGCCUGCGCAUGUGCAUCGACUACCGAGCUCUCAACAAGCAGACCAUCAAGAAUAAAUAUCCGAUACCACGAAUCGAUGACCUGCUUGAUUAGCUUCGAGGAGCUACGGUAUUUUCCAA